AUGUCUACAUUAUUUGGAGGUCAGCAACUGACUCAACCUAGUUUGUUUAAUACCUCAUUCAAUUCAGCAUCUAUACAACAGCAACAACAGCAACAACAACAGAAUCAACAAAAUCAACAACCGCAACAACCGCAACAACCACAGCAACAGCAAACCCAACAAAUUCAGCAACAACAACCACAGCUAUUUAAUACACAACAAUACUAUCAACAACAACAACAACAACAACAACCUCUUUGGUUACAAAAUCAGAAAAAGAGAACAAUACCUAAUCAUUUAGUUCCUAAAAAGAAACAAAGUUUCCAACUAGGCACCACUAAUAACAACAAUCAUAAUAAUAAACUCAAUUCUAAGAAUAAAAAUAAAACUGGUAAAAAUAGAUCCAAUAAUGGUGAUUUGAAUGGUGGAGAUUUAAUUAUAUCUAAUGAUGAUAAUGAUAAUGGACAAUUCAAUUUAUUAUCAUUUGGAUCAAAUUUAAAUCGUCGAGUAACCAGUGGCAGUGGCAGUGGCAUUAGUGGAUCAUUAUUAGAUAGAAACACUAGUAUUGCUAGUUUAUUUGAUAAUUCAAUAGGUGAUUUAUCAAGAAUUGAUGAUAGCUUUAUUGGUGGUGAUAAUACUAUUGAUGAUAUUAAUGAUGAUGGUAAUGGGAAUAAUAAUGGUGAUGGAUUUGGAAAUGAUUUACCACCAAAGAAUUCAAUGUAUGAUUUGAGUAAUAUUAAUGGUAGUGGCAAGGGAACAAGAGAUAAAAAUGGAAUUAAUUCUGAUAGUAAAUUUGAAUCAUUUAUAAAUAAAGAUCCAAAAACAUUUGAUAGUGUUUUCAAUAAAUUUCAAGAAUUUACUCCAAUUCUUGACCCUAAUAAUGUUAAUGUCAAUACUAAUGGUUUUGGUGGUACAAGUGGUGUUGAUGAGAAACCAAAUACCACAAACAAUAAUGAUAUUCUUCAAAAUCAGAAACAUUAUAAUCUGGCAAUUAUUGUAUUUGGAUAUCCUGAAAAUUUAUCAAUUGAAAUCAUUAAAUUUUUUCAAAGUUUUGGUAGAAUUUUAGAAAAAUUUGAUACUACAUCAACCAUUGGUUCAAGUGGGAGUACUAACAAUAAUAAUAACAUUAAAGAAAUUUUAAUAAAUUUGGCUGCCAACAGCAAUAACAACAACAACAACAACAAUACUAUCACUAACAAGAUUGUUCCUAUAUUUAGUGGUAAACAUUGGAUUAAAUUAACCUUUGAUAAUCCUAAUUCUGCAUUACAAGCAUUACAAGAAAAUGGAAAUGUUUUCAAUGGUUCAAUAAUUGGAGUUGUACCUUAUCAUAAAAGUAUUAUUGAAAAAUUAGAAAAUCGGAAAAUUUUCAUCAACGAUAAUGAUAGUACUAUUAUGGGAGAAGGAAAUUUAGAUAUUCCAUUAGAUAAAGUGAAUCAAAUUAUUAAUCAACAAUCAAAACUUGUUAGUACACCUGGUGGUACCCUUAACAAAAACAACAACAACAGUAACAACAACAUUAUUGGUGAGACUAUUCCUACAAGUUCAACUACUACAACAACAACAACAACAACUGGUGGAGGAUCAUUAUAUAAUCGAUUAGAUAUAAAACCAAUUUCUAAAGAUCAAAUAUUUUUAAAAGAUAAUCUUAAUAGUAGUAGUACUACUACUAAUACUAAUGGUGGAGAUUCUCAAAAUGGAGGAAAUAAUGAUGGUAAUAAAACCAUUAACAAUAAUAAUAAAGAAAAAUUAGGAGUUUGGGGUAAUUUAUCAAAAUAUAUUUUUGGUUUCCAUGAUUUAUAG